UUUUUACUGCCAUCUUAGAUGAUGAACUGCCUAUGGUAUAAAUAGCAAAACUUCAGUAAGAAAAGGAUUACAUUGUUGUACUGAAAAGAUUUUACUUCUCUAAAUAUGAGAAUGUUAUAUUUCGUGGGUCUUUUUUCUGUGCUUGUGGGUCUGUCUGAUUCAUCUCCAGUAAGAGACGUGCAGAAUCGCGAGUUUGAUUUGCAUAAUGCCAUGAAAUAUGUUCAUGAUCGACAAAGCAUGAGGGAAGAGUUAGGGAAUGCAACCGUGGAGGAAAGAAAGGAAUUUAUUCAGUCAAUCCAGAACGACUUCAACGACAUCGACGCUUUAUCAAAUAAAGUGAUCGCACAUGACUGGACAACAGAACUAGAUCUGACUACAGAGGAAGUUAUGAUCCUCUUCCACCUGCGGAUUAUGGAUUCCUAUCUGCCAAAUGUUGGAGGCGGCCCCAGAAGUCUUUUCUUGGGUGAUUGUAUUAAAGCGUAUUUGGAAACAAAUUUCAGUAGCUUCGACACAUUCGAAGAGGCAAGGAUGGGAGCUAUGGUGCAAAUUAUAAUGUGUGGAAUGAUUGGCAUGCAAACAUUAGAGAACGUAUUAGAUAUAAGUGACCUUACUGAUAGUGAUUUUGAAUGUUUGGACACCUUGGCAGCCAUAUUGGAAAAAGUUUCGAGGGGCGUGACAGAAAUGUUCACAAUUGGCCGAUUCUUCGAAGUACUUUUGACAAUUGACGGUGCGCAAUACGACGAUCCAGAAUCUUUUAACAAAGCUUUGAAAGGCAAGGCUUUAGCCAAAAUGGACCGUGAACAAGGUCCUAAUGGUAAUAAAAUGAGACCACCAAGACCAGGUCAAAAUGGCGAUGACAUGAGACCACAACGACCAGGUCAAAAUGACAAUGACAUGAGACCACAAAGACCAGAUCAAAAUGACAAUGACAUGAGACCACAAAGACCAGAUCAAAAUGACAAUGACAUGAGACCACCAAGACCAGAUCAAAAUGGAAAUGACAUGAGACCACCAAAACCAGAUCAAAAUGACAAUGACAAGAGACGAUGGCUAUCAGAUGUUGACACGAGACGAGGAGCUCAAUGGUCAUUUUUAAAUCCAUCAUCCAGACUACAUGGAUUAAGCAGCAUUCACGCCAGAAAGUUGGCUGAUAUUAUGAAGGAUUUCAGAUCGUCAAGAUUAAGAACCUCGUGAUGUAUUGACUGAUCAAUGAAGAUAAAGUAUGCAACUGUCUGCACAAUUGAUUUGUUUUGAUCUAAUGUAGAAAAUGUAUUCAAUAAUAAAAAUAAAUCUAGUAACGUGUUUGUCACGUG